AUGUGGUGUCUCAGGAGGAGCCUUCUGCGCCUGGGUCUGCUUCAACGGCCCUUCUUGGUCACCGGUUCCCUCUGCUGCGUCGUGCUCCUGCUAUAUUCCUUCAGCGACCACGGGCCACGCAACGUAACCACACCGGUGUCUCUCGAUACGGUGACGGAACCGCCAGUCGCUCUUGCGAACGUGGAAGAUUUGCGGAUUUUCGCAUUCAACCUCAACAAGAGGCAGCAGGUGCACCACGAGGAGAAGUUUGGCGCCACCCUGGAGCCCUCGGAUCCGGUGAUAGUUGUGCAGGUGCACAACAGGUGGCGCUACCUGCAGUACCUGCUGCAAAGCCUGUCCGCAGUGCGCGGCAUCGAGCGAGCGUUGAUCGUGUUCAGCCACGACUACUACGAUGCGCACAUGCUCGAGCUGCCCGAGAAUGUCACCUUCUGCAGGGUGAUGCAGAUAUUUUUCCCCUACUCCACUCAACUUUAUCCUCACGAGUUUCCAGGCGUCCACCCGAACGAUUGCCCGAGGAACAUUCAUUACGAACAGGCUCGUAAGAUAAAGUGUAACAACGCUGAAUAUCCCGACCAGUACGGCCACUACAGGGAGAGCAAGUUCACCCAGAUCAAGCACCACUGGUGGUGGAAGCUCAACGUCGUAAUGGAGAGCCUGAACGUGACGCGCAACCACGAGGGCCCCAUCACGCUGCUCGAGGAAGACUACUACGUGGCCCCGGACUACCUCGACGCCGUCCGGUUACUCCUCUCCAAAAGGCGCGCCUUUUGUGGUGAGAACACCUGCCUUUGCAUGGUUGGAAACAACGACUACGCUAACAAGAAGUUACUCACCGAUGCCGUGUUCUGCGUGCACGACGACUACAACUGGGACCUGACUCUGACAGCUGUGGCGAGCAGCUGUCUUCCCGCCGGCAGUCGCACCGUGAGCUUGAGGGUCAGCAGGGUAUUCCACAUUGGAGAGUGCGGCGUCCACAGGCGUCCCAAAAAGUGCCAAGAAGUGCUCCUCCGCAAGGCUCUGCGCGUGAUUCCCAAGGAAGGGUUCGGUUCUGAGCGCAUGCGCAAUCUGCGAUCCAUCCCUCCACGCGUAAUACGGCUGCCCAAG